CUCCCCGCCUGCCCUCUCACUAUUCAUGCCCUCCUUCACAUCGCUGAUAGUAUUCGUGCAGCCGGACCCGUCUGGACGGCAUGGGCAUUCCCAAUGGAGCGAUACUGCGGCUCACUUUUACCGGCCAUCAAGAGUCGCCGCUUUCCUUGGGCAAGUCUUGACGGUUUCGUGCUCGACUCAGCACGUCUCGCGCAUAUCAUGAACCUCUACCGGGCCCAUGAAGCCCUCUCCCUGAAGCCGGCGAAGAAGCGCCCAGUGGGCGCGGUCAUCAUUCCCGAAUAUGACUCGUGCCUUUUGCUCCCGAAGCGCUCCCAAAUGAAACUCGUGCCGGGAUUGCGAGAACAAAUCGUCAAUACCCUCAGCACUUGGUUCAGAGCCAUCAAGCCGGACGUCCGCCGCGCACUGCCGCCCGAGGUUCAAGAAUGGGCCAAAAUGCGAAUCCUACCAGACGGAGAUACCAUGCGGGCCGCCACGAGCGGUGUCGAGCAGGACGACGCUCGGGAUACGACUUGGGUUCGGUACGAACUCAACGUUGACAGGAACAGGAGCUUUGCGAAUCGACCCAUUGAUUUGGAGGAGCGGACGUACUUCGGUCAGCUACAGCACGUUCUUGUCGUCAAUAUCGGGGCGAUCCCAUCAGCCGUCCCGCCCGUACCCGCAACUACUCUGCUACUCGGGGUCAUCAAGAUGUGCAAGAUUGAAGAGAAGCAUCCAAGCCUCGACAUUCAUUAUUACAAGGAUCUCGGGCGGACGCACAUCGUGGACAUGUCGACCGUCCAGUGCGUUGUGGGUCGUGUUUCCGAUCGAGGGAGGCACGGAAUCAUUGACCGUAGUGGCCCGUUAGCACGCGCAGAAUUUGUAUCGUAG